GGGAAGUGCACCGGGGGAAAGUUAUUUGCCAGUGAAUCGAAGACUUUUCUGACCAGAGCCGCAGUGCGAACGAGGGAAAGAAGGAGGCAUAUUUACAGGAGGGCUACAUCUUUCUCAUGCACUCAAUCACCUGAACGCUCUGCAGCAGACAGGCAUUCAUUCAUCAGAGACUCCGUACCCGAUAGCAAAUAUAAUCAGACACUCAGGAGGACAUGAAGACCGGCAAGAAAUCCUUCAUAGCUUUCAUCAAGGAGAGAAAAAUGGGGCUGAAUGACUUCAUCCAGAAGCUGGUGUCUACCCCACAUAUCUGCCAACAUGUUGAAGUUAACAGUCUUCUGAAGAUUGAUGAGAAUCAGAAUGAGGAGGUGGAAAAUGAUGAACUUCCUGAAAGUCCGAUGUGCCUAAAUUCCAGAAGUUCACUGGCUGAGGACACUCAGAUCAAACCCUGUGAUUUUGACUACCUCAAAAUCAUCGGCAAAGGCAGCUUUGGAAAGGUUCUGCUGGCUCGACACAAGGAGUCCACCAAAUACUACGCUGUCAAAGUGCUGCAGAAGAAAAUCAUCCUGAAGAAGAAAGAGCAAAAGCAUAUCAUGGCUGAGCGUAGUGUGCUGAUGAAGAACAUCAAACACCCCUUCCUGGUGGGGCUGCACUACUCUUUCCAGACUACUGACAAACUGUAUUUUGUGCUGGACUACGUUAAUGGUGGAGAGCUGUUCUACCAUCUCCAGAGAGAGAGGAUCUUCCUGGAGCCCAGAGCCAGGUUUUACGCUGCUGAAAUUGCAAGUGCACUUGGCUACCUCCACUCCCUGCACAUUGUGUACAGGGACUUGAAACCCGAGAACAUCCUCUUAGACUCACAGGGACAUAUUGUCCUGACAGACUUUGGUCUCUGCAAAGAAGGCCUUGAGCCCAAUGGGACCACAACUACCUUCUGCGGGACACCUGAGUACUUGGCCCCUGAGGUUCUCCAGAAGCAGGCGUACGACCGCACUGUCGACUGGUGGUGCCUGGGAUCUGUGCUCUAUGAGAUGCUCUAUGGACUUCCUCCGUUCUACAGUCGCAACACAGCUGAGAUGUACAACAACAUCCUGCACAAGGCUCCGGUGCUCAAGCCCAACGUGUCAAACGCAGGCAGGGAGCUGCUGGAGGGCCUCCUGCAGAAGGACCGCACCAAGAGGCUGGGAGUGAAGGAUGAUUUUCUUGAACUCAAGUACCAUUCCUUCUUUUCUCCAAUCAACUGGGAUGACCUGAUGGCCAAGAAGAUCACGCCUCCAUUUGUUCCCUCAGUGUCUGGUCCUACAGACCUCCGACACUUUGACCCUGAGUUCACCCACCUGCCCGUGUCCUCCUCCCUGUGCACUGACACCCUGACUGUGACCAGCAGCGUUAAGGAAGCAGCUGGAGCCUUCCCAGGUUUCUCUUACGGGCCUCCGGCAGACCACUCCUUCAUGUGAAAGCCAACAUCGCUGCCCUUCUAUCCUGGGAAUGAACAAGAAACAGGACAAAAGCUCUGGAUUGAGAGUCUUACCUAGGCAGAUGGACCACACUAGAGCAACCUGUCUGAGGGGACAUUUCAACUAAGGCCUGAUAAGGGGAUCUAACUGACAAAUGGACAUGAACAACGAGGGGCAGAUCUUGACGGAUCUUGUAUAUGACUAGUGUACAGAUGGGGACUCUCAUGUUACAACACCACUGGCCCUACUCUUCUGCCUCAACCACCCAAACUACAAUAUAUGUGUGCCAAGUAUGGAUGCACUCUGGGGUCAUAAAACAACGCACUCUGAUGGCUCUGGACCUCAGAGCUACUGGUGAAGUGACAUGAAGAGAAGUGCCUGAGGUUCGAAAAGGCAGUUUGGACGACAGCAGCAGCAGCAGCUGGCCAAGGGGAGCCAGCUUUAUCAAAAACCACACAACCAUUUCAUUUGUCUGGACCUUUGACCAGGGCGAUAGCCGUAAAGGGUGAUGCCUUCAUUACAUGUCUACAUAUGUUAAAGCUGUCUUUUAAGUUUUCAUGCAUUGUUGUUUUCAUGUGAAUGCUCAAUUGCACUUGAGGAAACAAGGGUCAAGAAAAGUGAAACGUUCUGCUUUAAGCAUCAGCAAACUUUGGAUUAGACAGCAGCAUAUCUUUCCAGUUCUUAUUUCAUAUCUCUACUUUAGACAAAGAAAUAAUGGCAUUUCAAUAUUGUACACUACUAGUGAUAUUUGGACCAAACAGUUAACUAAGGGGGGUAUGCUUUAACACCACUGUUUUUUUUUGACCGGUUUGUCCUCAUAAACUGAAGAUUUUUACUGUACUGUGUAGAACAAAAAGUUACAUAUAUUUUAUUGCAAAACCAAAAGGUUUUCCUUGUUUUAAUAACCACAAACAUUCACUGUUUACUUUUGAAUAUAUUAAAAAUGAGUUCUAAAUGUUUCCUAGUACAUAUAUAUAUAUAAACAUAUAGAUUAAAUUGAAAAUUGUAUUUCCUGUAAGGUAAUAUAUUUACGUUUUUUUUCCCAAUUCCUUUCAUCUGCAACUGGUGACUGCUGUUUGUAAACUUCACGACAGACUUCUCUCACUGAGAGUGUGAUACAGAGUUCAACCAGCAAUAACAGCCCCACAUCAAUGAUAGCACAUACUGUAUAUCAAUCUUCUUUUAAGUUGAAGUGAUUGCUGUUUUUUUGCAAACACUCCAGACAAAGUAUAGAAUCUAUGAUUACAAAUGUUUUUGUAUUUAUGCAUCAUGUAGAGAAGAACUGUGAAUGUCUUGUGCCUGUCCAAGGCGGCCUGAUCCAUGUAUACUGUAUGUACAUAUCUCUUUUCCCUCAACCUCUUGGUCCCUUUUCUAGAAAAUAAUCUCUUUUAAAAAGUGCUUCAUUAACUUGACAAAGAACCAAUGAGUGGAGAAGACACUGGCUUUCCACUAACAGUGUUUAGCCACUGGCCUGCUCCAUGGUACGGUUCUGGAAAGUGCAAUAAAAUCUUAUUAACUCCAAAAGAAAAUUAUUAAUUAAAUUAUUAAGAGAGGAUCUUCAUUCAAACAGAGACUGUUCAUGACUUUGUUUUGCCCCAUUGAGUCUCAACAUUUAAGUCUUUUGCAUACAGAAAAUGCAUUUGCAAGCCUGCUGAAGAUAAUAAACAAAAAUAAGGCAACACACAGUUCUAGAUCAUUUUCUUCCAUAUUUGGAAGCGUUACUUUCUGUUUUGUAUUUUUUAUGUAUAUUUAUUUUCAUGCCACUGCUACUGUAUAAAGAGGAUAAUUUACAUGAUCAACUGAAAUACUGAACUGUAAUCUGUGUCAGAAAUGGCAAAUAAAAUCUCUAAAUUCUGA